AUGUCUCAAAUGAUCGCUUCUCAUCUGCUAGAACUUAUCAUUUCUAUGUGACAUGAAUUCUCUGGCUCCCGAGACGGAAUCGGUCCUCACUAGUUACUGCUGUGGAGGGAGCGAGGGAGGAAGGGAACCCACCCAAUCCACCACCAGUUCUAUGGGGAAGCCUCAAAGCCAUAGAAUCCUCCUCCUCCUCCUCCUCUGUUUCUCUCUUUUCUUUCAUCUCUCGUCGUCUUAUACUCUUCCUACGGAAUACUUCAUCAACUGUGGAUCACACGCCGACGUUUUUGACGUUGAAACCCGGAGAUUCGUCGGGGACAAGAAUUCCAAUUCAUUCACUCUGCUAGCAACUUCAGAUAACGUGGUCGGUGUUGACAACUCUCCACCAGAUCUUUACAGUACUGCAAGAAUAUUCAGAAAGCCUUCGGCGUAUGAAUUCAAUAUUGAUGGCAACCGUACUCAUGUGGUACGCCUCCACUUCUCCCCUUUCACCUCCCAAAAUCCGAAUUACAAUUCUACUUCAGCCGUGUUCAAUGUUUCAGUUGCUGGGUUUUCUCUGUUGACAAAAUUUGGAGUCAACGAUAGUACUACCGAACCUCUAAUAAAGGAGUUCUUGCUCAGUAUCAACAGCACAAAAUUCCAAAUCAUCUUCAAGCCUGAAGCUUCUUUUGCCUUUGUUAAUGCCAUAGAGGUCUUCCUUGCGCCCGACAUUCUGAUCCCCAACAAAGGUCCCCUUUAUAUCAAUUCCACAGGAAGCAGCAAGGCUUACAACGGUCUUCCAUCAAAGGUUUUGGAAACAAUUUACAGGAUCAAUGUUGGAGGUUCCAAGAUAACACCUACUAACGACACCCUCUGGAGAACUUGGAUUCCAGAUGUCAGUGACAAUCACAGUUAUCUGGUUAACCCAAACCCAGAAGCUACAAAUACCCCUCCCAGUAAGUCACCAAAGUACCAAGAAGGUGAUAUGGAAUAUGUUGCUCCACACUCGGUUUACUCGACUGCACGACAACCGAAAAAUAACAAUUCCAACAUAACUUGGAGCUUCAGUGUGAGUCCUAAUGCCAAGCAUCUAGUUCGUUUGCAUUUCUGCGACAUCGUUAGUGAAUCUACGUUUCUGCUAUCCUUCUAUGCAUAUAUCAAUACCUAUUAUGGGUAUAUUGUUAAUGAUACCACUGCAGGGUUGUUGGUUCCUAAUCACACCGACUUCGUGGUGGACUCUGGUGAUUCGGGCACUAUUAAGAUCAUUGUAGGUCCAGAUUCAUCAUCUGCAAUCAAAACUGUUUUUCUAAACGGGUUGGAGAUCAUGGAGAUUACAAAUAAUAGGGAUACAUCUUUCUUGCACGGGUUUGGGAAGAAAAACCAUGUCGUUAUUGUGGUGGCUUCAGUUGUUGGAGGCAUUGCCGUUAUUGGCGUACUGGUAGUUGCCGUCUUCAUCUUCAUCUUCAGAUGCCGGAGGCAGAAGACGCCCAGUGAUUCCAAGACAUGGCCACCCUUGUCUCUAUGUGAAGGGAGUUCAUACACAGAUAUGAAUGGAGGGAGUACAAACGGCUCCCCAUUUCCGAACUUAGAUCUCAGUUUAAAGAUCCCUUUUACUGAUAUACUGUUUGCGACCAACAAUUUCAGUAAGGUUUUUCUCAUUGGUUCUGGUGGAUUUGGUAAAGUGUACAGAGGGAUUCUAAGGGACAAUACAAAAGUCGCAGUAAAACGAAGCCAGCAGGAUGCGGGACAGGGCUUUCUUGAAUUCCAGACAGAGAUCAUGGUAUUAUCUAGAAUCCGUCAUCGUCAUCUUGUUUCCUUAGUUGGGUACUGCGACGAACACUCGGAAAUGAUUCUGGUAUAUGAGUUCAUGGAAAGAGGGACACUGAGAGACCAUCUUUAUGGUUCAGAGCUGCCCUGCUUGUCUUGGAAGCAGAGACUUGAGAUAUGCAUUGGUUCUGCAAGGGGUCUCCACUACCUCCACACUGGUGCAGCAGGGAAGAUCAUUCACCGAGAUGUUAAGUCCACAAACAUCUUGCUCGAUGGGAAUUUUGUUGCCAAGGUUGCUGAUUUUGGUCUUUCUAAGGCUGGGCCUGGCAUGGAUGAGACCCAUGUAAGCACAGCCGUGAAGGGAAGCUUUGGCUACCUUGACCCUGAGUAUUUUAAGCGUCAACAGUUGACAGAUAAGUCAGAUGUGUAUUCAUUUGGGGUGGUCCUUCUGGAAGUGAUUUGUGCAAGACCGGCCAUCAAUCCUACACUCCCAAGAGAGCAGGUGAACUUGGCUCAAUGGGGGAUGAAUUGUCUGAAGAAGGGGUCAUUUGAGCAGAUUAUUGAUCCUUUCCUGGUGGGUAAGAUCAGUCCCRACUCUCUGAGGAAGUUUGGAGAUAUUGUUCAGAAAUGUUUGAGUGAGUAUGGUUUUGAUAGGCCAACCAUGGGUGAUGUGUUGUGGGAUUUGGAAUACGCACUAAAACUUCAACAGACUGCAGUGCACAGGGAACCGCAUGAGGAUAGCAUCAUCUGUGCAUCAGAGCAUCCAUUGCCUACUGUUCAGCGUGUUCCUUCAAUAAACGUGGUAAUUGAAAGAGACGGUGUAGUACCCAAAUAUGAUAUUAGUUCAGAUGUAUCGGAAAGCCAAGUAUUUUCCCAGUUGACUAUUGGCGAAGGAAGGUAGUUCCUUUGAAGGUGCCUGUUAUUGUAGGUCUGUGAGUUUUAAUGUUUGUUAAUUUCUCCAAAAUGCAUAACAAGACUAAACCGCUUCCGUAAGGAAGACUUGUUUUGCUUUACUUCCAAGGUGAGUCUAGAUGUCUCAACAUUGAUCAUGUCAGUAUGGUUUACUGCGUUUCUGAUCUGUUUUAUUUGUUAAAGUUAGUUGUAUACUUUCAAAGAAGCAUUAGUUUCAAGAUAUUAGAACUUAUUUCCUUCUUUCCCACUACAGUCAGAAAGAUGCGAAUCAAAAUGUAGAACUCAAUAUGAGAAUAUGUAUUUAAAUGAGUGUUUAUGUGUACAUGUAAGAGCUAGACAGUAUCAUCCUUCAAGU